AUGAAGAAUAGUAGUCAGAAAGAAGAAUCCAUUGAUAAAAAAAAAUAUGUUUUCUUCUCGGAUCCAGAUGUUAUUGCCAAACGCGCCGAGACCUCUGCUGUUGCACAGAUUACCCGAGAACUCGAGGUGCAACAGAAAACUUUUGAAAAGCAAUUAGCUGAUUUGCAAGCGCCCACAAUUGGCAUAAAUAGCUUAAAAAAUUUGAUAUCCUAUUAUCCUGUACAGCCAUAUCCUUUUACAUUUAUUAGCGCAGUAAAACAAAAGCUUGCUUUAGAAGAACAUUCUGAUAUCAGCGCUAAAGUACAUGAUUCAAGUUCUCAAACAAAAAGCAAUUUGACUUCUUCAAUACUGAAAACUAGUACACAAAAUUUGACUGCACAAAAUCAAAUUAAACAAAAAAUGGACUUCAUUAAACCGCUGAAAGUACCUGAUCUAAAAAUUUCUCCAAAAGCACUGGAUUUCUCCAGCAGAGAGAAUUCUGUUUCAAAGGAGUUGCCUUCAGCAAAACCUGAAACAGCUAUAAAGGAAUUUGCACACGAUAGAUCUGAUAAAGGCCUAAGAACUGGUGAAAGAGUACAGAGAAAAUUAGACUUCUCUUCAGAUGGAUCGUCAUUUAUUAAUUGCGAAAGCAUAGAACCAUUGAAAGCACCAAAUGUCUCCAUUGCGUCUAAUUUAAGUAAGAAGAAGGACCAUGUUAGAGAUAAUUCUAGAGAGAAGGAAAACAGAUCCAAGAGGAUGAAAAAAGAUGACUCUUUGUGUGCAAGGAGGGACGAAUCCAUGCAAGACCAAGUAAAACGUAGUCGAAGUCCAAGACACAUCUCCAGAAAAGAUGCCAGUGAUAUAAGCAAUUUAAAAUUACCAAAAAAUGAUAGACCAUUCCACGUUACAAAAGUUAAUGAUGUUUUGUCGGUAAAAUCAAAAGAUAAAAAUUUUCUAUCGUCUAUUGUUAAAAAAGAUAAUGACAAAAGACAGAGGUCUUUUAAUGUACAGUCGGUAGAAUUAACAAAAGACAAUCUUUCAGAAUCUAAGAUUCGAAUAUCUAGCAGUGAAUCACCAGUUUGGAAGACGCUAGAUAAAGUUACAUUGAGAGAUAAUAUGGGCGUUUUAUCUAGCACUGAAAAUAAAUCUAAAGACAUAACUCACUAUUUUUUAAAACAAAAGUCUGAAAUAGAAGACCUGAAAUAUAAAUCUGAUUCAGAUAAUAGACUAUUGAAACAAGACAAAUUAAAUACUAUUUAUAAGGAGCAAACGAAAAGAAUGUCUGAUAAAAAUAAAAUGUUGAAUAAUAAAGGCGAAGAUAAACUACAUAGUGUCAAUUCAGAACAAUCAGAAGAUGUUGAAUUUAUGUCUGAGACAAAUAGUUCUAGAAGUCGAAUAAGUGCAUAUCCUAUAAGUUCUGCACAGUCAUCAAAAAGUAAAGAUAUUGAAAUAGCUAUGGAAAAUAAACAGAACAUUAAUUCUGCUAGAUCAAAUAAAACGUCAGAGAAUUUUAAAUAUACAGAACAUUCCGCGACACAAUCUACAAGUACAAGCAUUAAAAAAGACGAGGAAUUGUGUUCCCAAAGCAUUAUUACAACUAAAGAAACAACCACUAACGAUGAUUCAAAUGAUGUGGGUGACACUACAUUGCCAGAGGCAUUAUUUGAUCCUAGAAGAAUCUCUCUCAGAGACGGUUAUUCCCAACCAGAAUUUCAUAAUUUAAUGACACCAGAAAAAAUGAAUCUUAUACUCAGAUCUAAACGAAGGAAAUAUUUAAUGCAGAGCAGUGAUUCGGAAGAUGCGAGAUGUCAAAAAUACAAGCCAGUAAUAAAAUCUGAAAAGGAACAAGAGGAAGUACAAUUGAUACACCCAACAGCUUUGCAUAUGCAAUUUCAGGCAGAACUACAUCUUUACGACUCUUACAAUGAAUCCCUCCGACAAGUAAUGGAUGUUGAAAAGUGUUUGUUCAAUACUAAGUGUGAGGUGCAAGAACAAAAGAACUCACAGAAAGUCGAUGAAAAAAAUGAAGAAAAAGUUGUACAAAUUGUAGAAGAUUGUGCAGCUGCAGUGAUUAAUAAUGAUACUGUUGAAAAAACAACAUGGAAUCCAGCUAACUAUGUAAAAAGAGACAUUGCCGAACCUCGAAAAUUAAGCGAUGAAGCACAUUUCAAUAGAGAGCAUUAUAUCCCAAACCAAGGCAAUAUUGAUGAAUCAGAUUAUGGAUUUAAUUAUGGAAAAUUUAAUAAAAUAAAAGUGGGAGUGAAAGUGGCGGAAGUACAAACGCAAACAGUGAACGAUAUAGCGACCCAAACGGAUAUAUCCACAAAUGAACGAAACGCGCAAAAUAGAUUGACAGAGAUCUGUGACAGAGAAAACGCGUACGAACCAUUUUUGAGAGAAAAAAAAGGUCCUCAGUUGUCCUUAGAUUCGGCUGAACAAUUCGGAGAUUUGGAUCAAAUAGAACAGGUAUCAGUGCCAAGCAGAAUAAGGACCAUGUCGGAAAUUAGUUUGCACGAAACUACAUCAUCUAUAAAAACAGAAACCGGAACUGAAAUUAGUAUCUCGACCCGGGGUGUAACGUGUUCGUUUAAUCAGUACAUAGGUUCAGAGAUAGCACGACUUUUAAGAGACGAGAAUCAACGAAGCUAUCAAAUCGAAGAAUUAUUUAAAUUUCGCGAAAAAACAAUAAACGACAAAACUAAGAAAUUGGAGGAGUUGGAACUGCAGAAACGUGUAAUGAAAGGAGAAGUUGCCCGUUCCCUGAGAAAAAAACAAAGAGCUCUGCUUCUAAAACUACAACAAGAAAAAGAUGAAAUUCAAAGAUUAAAAUUGUUAUACGAAAUUACAAGCCAAGAACGAAAACGUAUGUUGCAAAAACAGAGGGACAUGUUCAAUUUGCAAAUGUCAACGAAGAAUAUCUUAACGAAAUUAAAGAGGACCGCAGACAGUCAAUCGCCAAGAAGAUUAUCAGGUCCUAUGAAAGGUUACGAUAUACGCAGUAAUAGCUCUUUGAGCUCCUUGAUUGAUUCAGAUAAAUCUCAGCAUCAGAUGGACACUCGUCUUCAUGUAUCUGAGAGCGACGUAUCCAAAUUUGAUUGGCUGAAGUCCAACGUAUUUAUAAAUUUAGGUGAAGAAAGCAAUAAAUCCGCAGCAAAACCCAAUGACUUAGCUGAGAGUAAGGAGCAAGAGAAAAGUCCCAUACAGUUGCAAAAGAAAAGCGAUUUACCAAAAUAUGAACUGAGAUCUCGAAAAUACGAAGAAAAAAUGCCCAGAGCAGAUGUUUUGCUGCAGAAGCAAAAUCAGAGAUUGGACAUGGAGUCGAAAAUGAAGCAAGGCCAUCCCAUGAUGAUAAAUAUUCGGCUCUUGGAAAAUCAAGAUGAGAUCAGAUUAUCGCAGUCACCGAGACCAGAAGUAAAAGCAUCAGUUCCUGAAAAUACAAAAUCCGAAUCAGAUACAUUAGUAGAAGAGUUGUCUAAAAGAUCAUUGUUAGCGGAAGUGGUGUCUAAACAUUCAAAACUAUCGCAAUUAACAGAGCCUUCCAUACAAACCAUGACAAUCGCAAAGGAGAAAGAAUUAACUUCUAAUGCUGUAACCACCAAUAGUGAAUCUAUAGAAGAAGAGAUAAAUGCAAUAACCCAAGACACAGUUUCAAAAACGCAGUCACAAAUCUCCGAAAUAUCACAGACAAGUAAGAACUCUAAAAAGAUCGACAAAUCUAUCACGAGCGAUAGAGACAUAUCCAAAAAGUCGCAAUAUAAUACCGAAUUGAAAACAAGCUCCAAACGUAAAAAUUCUAAGUAUCAAAAAACGAAAUCAUCUUCUAGUAUAUCAACGGAAAAUAUAUUGGGAUCCAAAUCAAGCUCUCAUAUAUUGGAGGAGUUUGUUAAGCAUCAUGAUAAAGGAACGAAAGUGAAGAAUGAAUUGUUUCAGUUAGUUAACAACAAAGAAAGUUCAAUCUUGAACGAAUUAGAUGUUAAUGAAAGCCAAACUUCGCUUCAGGCAUUCGUUAAGAAACAUUCGCAUUCGAAGGCUGUCAAGGAUAAGGAAAACGGAUCCACUCAAACUUUACACAAAAAACUUGAGAAUGAUGAUAGUCUUCCUAGAAUCGAGCGAGAUACUCAAAAUGCAUCAAUGUCUCAAAUUAGUGCUUUUGCCGUUUCUCAUCAUAGUUCCGAAAGUGAAAAAAAUCUCUCAAAAUCCGUAGUUGUUUGUUCGCAAAACAGAGAAUUUGAACGAAUUUUGAACGCACGCGAAACCGCACUUGCAUCACGUAAGAACUGCGUCAAGGAGUGGAUGGCGUGGCAUGCAAAAUUACGAGCAGAAGAGGACCGUGUUACUCGUAUGGAGCAGGCAGCAUUUAAUCUCGUUGCAACAGCAUCUAAUUUGAGUCAACAAGGAGGGGAGAGACGUCUGUGCUCUUUUAUAGAUACCACGGUGUCGUCUGAUACGAGCGACGUCGAAGGAAGGAUAGGAGUUCUUACUGAAAAAUUAGCGGAACGACGUCUUGAAAUGGCGCGUCUAAAAAGAGAAGCAAAGAAGCAAGCGAAGAAACAGCUACGUGCUUUGGAAGCAAACUUAUUAAAUCAAAUCAAAAAAUAUGACACGACCAUCCAUGAGAUGCGUAAAAAGUUGGAAUCGAAGAAAGAUAUCAAAGAAACUGACAAUUUAGCUAUAGAACCAAAGUCAUUAGCUGAUUUUAAAGUACCUGAAAUACCGCUUAAGAGGAUACAGGACCUCUACAAAAGUAGCGAUUUAUUAAGAUCCAGAUCGGAAUCUGAUCUCUUAUUAACAAAAAAUCGGCAGGACUUAACGAAUGUCAUAACGCUAACGUACGAUGAUAAGUGCGAAAGGGAUGAUUUUCAGAAACCUGCAAAAUUUGCAGAUAUUAAGAGCGCAAACACUUUAGAAUUAAAAGAUACUAGAGAUUCUUGCGAUAGUGUUCGAACUAUUUUAGACGAUUAUACAUCGACAGAAGUAUACGAAAAAAUUCAAACAACACCUUCAGCAUUAUUAACUGCGAAUGAUGUGUGUUCUGGAAAAUAUGCUAUUUCUAAAAGGCAUAGAGAAUCCAUUACUAUUGAUAUGAAACAGACUAGUGUAUCGCACGAUGCGGAAGAUGUUAAAACGAAUACCAGUACAGUUCAAACAAUGUCGAAUGCAAGAUUUGAAGAUCACAGUACUAUUAACACUGAAUCAGUAGAUAAUAGAUUAAUUGCUGAUAUCAAUCAAUCACAAUCAAAGACUUCCACAAUACUAUCCGAAAUUCCGGAAAUAAACAUUGGAUUUAAAUCUAUUCCGAGCAAAUCUGAGCGUUUUACAGAAAAUGUUGCACGUGUUACUGAUUCCAGUAUACUUACUUAUUCGAGGAAGUUGGAUUUUUUACAGUUAAAUAAUAAAAACUUAAGCGAGGAUAUAAGUUCUAUUGAAAAGGAUAUAAAAGCGCUUUCAGAAAUAAUGUCGCGUUUAAGUAACGAAUCGAAUGAGCAAUCUAAAAUAAAUAACGAUGAAAAGAAUACGUCACAAGAUAUAUCAGAGAUAAUAUCUAAAUCAGUUUUUAGUGAAGUAAUUGAUACUGAAAAUGAGAAACAGCAAGCAGUGUCACCAGAGAAGAUAAUUGAUAUGGAAUCUUGUUCCACAUCGACAAAUAAUAGGAAAUCAAUAUCUUCCAGUGAUUCGAGUCACGAUAAAUACAUAUCGGACAGAAUAAAUAAUGAAAUAUCGGCAAUAAUCCCGGAAGAAGCGCCUACUAUCUCCAAUUCGUCUCAUGAAAUCGAUUACGAAGCCAAAAGCCGAGAGAUUAUGAACGAAAUAGAGAAAUCUGUAUUAUCACAACAUAUUAAAAUUGCAAGUGACGAUAAUUUAGUAUUAGAAGAAAGCGGAAACGAAGAAUUGCUGAAUAAUUUGGCCUCCGAACUCGAUAUAAAAUCGAUUUCUGAAAUCCUUUCCAAAGUAUCAGAAAGCAGGAAAAGUCUUGAUUUUGCGAAGAAUACAACAACUCAAAUUAUCGAUGACUCGAAGAAAAAUAUAAAUGAACAAAGCGAGUUGAAUGAAGCAAUAGUUGAAAAAGACUUUGUAAAAUCACAAGCGGAAGAAGCACAUUCUCUGAAACUUUCCGAACAUUUAAACACUGCAUUAGUGCAAUCUCCCAUCAUUGCUGGUCACCGUUCAAAGGAAACUAUAUCGCAAAGUUUAUUGAGUGCACCUAGCUUAAUUUCAAGUCAGAACUCGCACGUUCUUGCCGGUAAGGAUUUGAAAUCAUCAAGAAAUAUUCCCGAGGCAGAAGUCAGAAUUGAUGUUGAAAUGCAUGACAGUAUCACAAAUUCAAUAGCACUCGCACCUAACGCUGAUCAAAAUCGAUCGCGUCGGGUCAGUGCGAAAAAUAUUUCUAAGGAUAAAAAUGAUUGGACGACGUCUGAUUCGUUCGAAAUGCCACAAGAUGAUAUUAGUACUGGAGUACGUGAGGAAUUCGACAAUUCAAAAUCGGGCUUGGACGAUACUUUGAAUAAUUUCUCAGAAAAGACUAUCGAUGAUAUAACAAAUCAAGAAGCAGAAAGCAUUUUAAUAAGCGACGUGUCGGAUUUUCUUCCAAAGGGGGAAUCUACAAAUGUCGCAGUACAGAACGUUACCGACACUUUAGCACAAUCUUACGUUGCAAGAAGUAACGACGAACUUGACGAUAUAUUGGACAUAAUCGCUAGAGAAAACGAUAAAGAGAAAAGCAUUCCUAAAGACAAAGAGUUUGAUAACAUAAUCUCUGAUUCUAUGACUGAAUUAUUAGACAGAGUUAAAGAUAUUGUAGAAAAUGACAAGAAUGUAGAUAGUCAUUUUAAAGAAUUCUUAUAUGAUACGGAUAUGAAUAUAGAUAAUCAAAUUGAAGUUUCAAAUAUAUCAAUGUUGAAUAACAAAACGCAAAAAGAAAUAAAUGUAGAAGAUUUAAGCGAAAGUAAUAUAAUCUCAGUGAAUAUCUGUAAAAAUAAUGAAGUUAGUAAUCGUGAGGAAAUAAUAGAUGCUUCGUUACAGAAAACCGAUGAGACUGGCGAUAAAUCUGCCAUAAAUGUAAACUUAUAUAUGGAAAUCGAUAACGAGGAAAGUCCACGCGAAGCGAUAUCGGAAGUACAAGAAAUUAUAAUCACAGAGUUGGAUUCAAGUAGCGCCGAGGAUAACGCAUUAUCUGAACUUAAAAUUGAUGUUAAAGUCGAAUUGGCAGAGGAAUUUAUCUCGUAUGAGAACAAGAAUGAAUGUGCUGUGGAAGAAAACAAAGAUGUUAUGCCUAUAGAGAUAAAAGAACGUCUAGAAUCAAUCUCGGAACAAGAUAGUUCGGAUGGUGAGCAGCUGGACAACUUAGUGGAAGUUGUUGUAAGUGGAUUGGAUGUUGUAGAAAAAACUGUUACAUCGCUCGAUUCUUCUAAGUCGGUAAUAGACGAUGAUGUGUCUAUGAUACGGACUGGACAAACUAAAGAAGAAAUUACGGAUGAUACAGUCGAAAAGAACAACGAGAUCGCGAUAUCAAACGCAGCAGUAAUCGAAAGUGUCAACAAAACAUUCGACAUAUUAAAAGAUCCAGAGUAUGAAGACAUCUCCGAGGAGAGCCUCGAGGUGUCUGAAAUUCUAGACAAAGAUGACCUUCCGAAGGUAGGCAUCACAAAGAAGUCUGCUAAUUUGCCAGAGAGAUAUCAAACCAUCCAUAAAUCAGAGGACGUAUUGAGAAUAUUAGACGAAAUCUCGCAGAAAUCGUCGUACGAUUCUGUAAGCAAUUCGCAAAACAACGAGAAGAAUGUUCAGAGCGCGCCAAGUGCAACGGAAGAGAUCAGUGAGGUUCUGGGCGCAGAUAUUUCUGCGGAGGAUGAUAGUUUAUUUCCCAAGAUGAAUAAAACAACGAGCAAGCUCAAAGAAGAAUCUUCCAAGGUGGAUGCAAUGAAGGGUCGAUUCUUGGAAAGAGUAAAAUCGCAGGAUGGGCAAUCGAUAGAAGUUAGUGAUCCGGAUGACUUAUCUGAGAAGAGAAAAAUAAUUUUGAGACUGGACGAGGACAAGUCUUCUCAGAUAAUAUAUGAACUACGCGAGGCAGUCUCUCAACUGCAGGAACAGAAUGGCUCGUCCGAAUCCAGCGAAGCUGGCGAUACUCCAAGGGGAGUAUCCGAGAUCGAGAUGGACUCACCGAGAGAUUUCAAUGAUUCGCGAUUGGACAUUGAUAUUCUGGACGAUGAUCUACUGAGCGGUACUAAAGCGACAAACCAGAGCAUCGAUAUAGAAACCAAUUUCCAUUCCGCGUCCAUUGUCACCACGUCAGAGAAGGAUAUUGAGGCUAUGAUCUACGAAUUAAAAGCUUCAUUGGAACAACCUGGUCAGGAGCUCGCCGAACUGGAAGCUAAGCUGCUUCGAAUCGAACAAUUGCAGAUCGAGUUGGAGAUCAAAAAAUUGGAAGCGGAGGAAGUGUCUUACUACGUUCGAGAGAUACCGAACAAGCCACCGCCUCCUUACACUCCACCUGGUCGAUUAUCAGCUUCGCUUGGUUCGCCUUCGCUAAUCACUGCCGUAAUUCCGUCAAAUGUCGAGGAGUUAACAUUGUUCACUGAGAAAGCCACAGCUCUGAUAUACAAUGCCAAACUGGCCGGCGAGGAUAUCGCAAGUUUGGAAGCGCCUCCUGAAAUCUACGAGUUAACCGAAGAUAAGAGUGAGAAAAGGGACAGGCGGAUAUACAAUACUUUCCUUUUCGAUCUCUGUAAAGAGACCAUUGUGGAAGUCUAUCGAGCGGAAUACGAGAAGCCCGGUCCGAGUUGGACAAAGCCGAACGUGAAAACGAAACCUACGAUGAAGAUCCCAAAGAAUGUCGAGGAACUCGUCGAGUACGUUAACAAGGAAGUUGCCACACUGUUUGGUUUCAAGACAAAACUGCAGCGAGAGAACAUGGUGAUGCGAUGGAGCAGGAAACGCAGAGACAGAGUCGACGAGUUGUUGGCGAGAGAAGCUCAGGCCGAGGAGGACGAAUGGACAAAGUUUCAUCACGACGAACUGGCGGUGAAGAACGGACUUACGGUAGCUAUACUGGAUACCCUCGUAAUGGAAACUGCAAACGUAAUGAAAAUAGCAUACGGUAAGAAGAGGAGAAUGAUGGUAUAGCGAUUGUUAACUUUUAUAACUAAAUAGAGGCACUAUCUUGCAAUUCAUUGUUAAUUAAAACGAACAAAAGUGAAAAAUAUCCUCUCAGUCAAUGUUUCCUCAGGACUGCGUUUCGGAUAUCACGUUACUUGCACUUUUGUCCAUUAGUACCUUAAGUGUAACAUAGGCUGGUUCCUAUUUAUUUGUUAACUAUGCAAUUUGUUACUCUUUUUCUUUCACAUUAAAUUAAUUAAACGGACGCGUGUGAAUGUUCAAAUAUAAGUAGACGAACUAUAAUGAGGUGAAAUAUAUGAAUGAUAGAAAGAAUGAAAGACAGAGAAAGAGAAAGGGAAGCAGAGGGAGAUAUGUCAUUAAUACUAGCCAUUCACAAUUCGAUAAUCAAAUAUCCUAGGUCAGUUUUAAAAUUUAUUUCUUGUUAACGACGAGUUUAACGAGUUUCUAGCAUUUAACAAUAAAUAUACAUAUGUACGGGCUAUCAUAGAACCAGUAACAUAAGAGACAUGCGGUACUAUACGAUUUUACGAAAAUGACAAAUAUUUAUAAUCAUCGAAUAUUACAGAGCGUUUUAUUCAAUUUAAC